AUGUUUGUUUCAUUUUAUGGUUUGUUAGAAGCAGGCUUACUUAUUUUGAAUGGAAUUGCUGUGCUCAAUAAGGAACGUUUUUUAAAUAAGGUUGGUCUUUCGGUACCAAGCAAUUCGUUCGAAGUUACGAACCCAUCAUCUUUUAAAAUGCAACUUGUGAACCUUAUUGCUGCAGUACAAACAGUUAUGCGAGUGCCUCUUAUUGCUAUCAAUAUCGUCGUCAUAGUUGCAAAACUUUUAUUUGGAUGA